CCAGAGCAAAUCAAAUUAUGAGCAGGUAGCUACGGAUCAUGUGCAACAGCUACAAUCAACCACACUGAAGCUAUGCUUGUAAGGCUUGAUCGCGUUGAUAGAGCGGUGAGAAUGUUGAACAAAGUGUCUACAAUCAAAAUGUUGAACAAAGUGUCAGCAAGUGCUGCAAUAAACAGCAAAAGCGAGUGCUACGCUGCUGUAAUACUGUUAUAUACAGUUGUGCUACAAACUGCAACAAAGUCCCAGAGUUCGAUUCCUAUUAUCCGGGGGCAACCCAGAGUCGCCACAAUAUUUUCUGUUAACACCCUUCCUUCCUUCCUCCCUCUCUCACUCUCUCUGCCUGCCUUCCUGCGAUGAAAAACAGCUCGUACUCUGAGUUCACAUACCAACGGGGGCUUGUACGCAAUUGAUGACACUCGCAAUUCUAGACAGUAUACACCGUGUAGAAUUGAGAAUUGCGAUUGUCAUCGUUUACGACGGAGAGUCGUCAGCCUCAAGAGAAUUGAAGUCAUCACCUCGACGUGCACAAGAUUAAAGUGAUGUCAAGCUGGAAGAGAUGGAAGACCCCAAACCUCACUCCUGCCCUCUGGAUUGAUGUAGCCCAGCGUGCUGCCAGGCCAAAUAAGCACGCAUAUUCUGCCAGACUAGAUUGUGACUUUGUCUUACAACUUGAGGAGUCGUGUCCGCAUAGAUUCUCAGAAAGGCAUCCCAUACAGAUCACGAACAUAAAACAAUGUUU